CCUCCUCUCUUCUCCUUCUUCUCAAUCCAACCCUAAUAAUCCCAUGGCCACCCUCUUCACCACCAACCUCUCCACCACCUUCUCCUCCACCUCCAACCCUAACCCUAACCCUAAACCUUCCUUAAACCCUAAACCCUCCAACCUCCACUUCCUUAAACCCUUGGCCACCUCCCUUGCUGCCACUUCCCUCCUCCUCUCCAUCCCUUCCCUCUCCCUCUCCUCCCCUUCCUUCAACCUCUACUACGGCACCGCCGCCAGCGCCGCCAACUACGGCGGCUACGGCGGCAACUCCUCCAAACAAGACGCCGCCGAGUACACCUACGAGGUCCCUUCCGACUGGAAAGAGCGCCUCGUUUCCAAGAUCGAGAAGGGCACCAACGGCACUGACUCCGAGUUCUUCAACCCUAAGAAGCGUUCCGAGCGCGUCUACCUCACCUACCUCGCCGGCUUCCGAGCUCUUGCCCCCAUGGACACCGUCCUCUCCAACCUCGCCUUGUCCGACGUUGAGCUCCAGGACUUGAUCUCCAGCGCUGAUACUGUGCGCGCAAUGGAGAAGAAGGACGGUGAUGGGCAGGUUUAUUACGAGUAUGAGAUAGACGGCGCCGCCGCUCACCGGCUUAUUAGUGUGACGUGCGCGCGCAACAAGCUUUACGCGCACUUCGUCGCCGCGCCGAACACUGAGUGGCAGCGUGACAAGGAUAUGCUCACAAGAAUCCAUGACUCUUUCAAGACUGUUGUUACUUGAUUUGUUUCUGAUUAUCUUAAUUUGGAGGAUGUACGUGUUGCAUGGUGAUAAUGGUGAUGCAUGAGUUUUUUUUUUUU